GGGAAGACCGCGCCAAAGCUCAGACAGCGACUACUCUUCGGAAUAACAAUGAGCUGCAGAGGGCUUUUAAACGCACUCUGCUGCUGAGACCGUUAUCACGCACAUCGGAGUGUUCGGUUUUCUUUUUAAUUACCUAGUAGGACUGUUUUUGGUGGAGUUGCUUGAGUCAAGACACAAGCGUCAGAUUGAAUGCCGGUUUUCGGGAAAGGCUAUACGACUUCACGGUCGUGACACUACUUGAACGGGCGCGGUGUGGCGGAGUUGGCGCACUGCUGGACUGGAUAUAUUGGCAGCCAAGACGGUCCGCGCCAUCAUUUAUACUGCGCCUGAUUUAACUUCUGCUCAUACUGUAUUUGUACUCCUGACCCUCAGCGGGUGAAUAGGGCUCGUCUACGCCAGCUUUUCACCUCGAAUAUGUUGCUGUCAAAGUUUGGUUCAUUUUCGCAUAUUUGCAAUCCUUCGAGCAUGGACCAUCUACCCGUGAAAAUACAGCUCCAGUCGGUCAAAGUGGAAAAGGAGCCGUUCGAAAAGGUUUACCAAGUGGGCUCCGUGCUGGGCAGCGGAGGAUUUGGGACAGUGUACGCCGGCAGCCGGAUCUCUGAUGGCGCACCGGUUGCCGUGAAACAUGUUGCAAAGGAGAGGGUAACCGAGUGGGGUGCAAUUAACGGAGCUAUGGUGCCUUUGGAAAUCCUGCUACUGAAGAAGGUCAGCUCGUCGUUUCGCGGAGUUAUCAAAUUGCUGGACUAUUACGAGCGGGCGGACGGCUGGCUGAUCGUUAUGGAGAGGCCGGAACUCGUCAAGGAUCUUUUCGACUUUAUCACAGAGAAGGGCGCCUUGGACGAGGACACAGCGCGGGGCUUUUUCCGACAGGUUUUGGAGGCCGUCAGACACUGCUACAGCUGCGGCGUAGUACACAGAGACAUCAAAGAUGAAAACCUGCUUGUGGAUCUACGCACCGGGGAGCUCAAGCUUAUUGACUUUGGCUCAGGGGCGAUUCUCAAGGACACAGUCUACACCGAUUUCGAUGGUACAAGAGUGUACAGCCCACCAGAGUGGAUUCGCUUCCACAGAUACCAUGGACGCUCAGCUACUGUGUGGUCGCUGGGUGUGCUGCUGUAUGACAUGGUGUGUGGAGACAUCCCCUUUGAGCAGGACGAGGAAAUCCUCAGAGGAAGACUGUACUUCAGGAGGAGGAUUUCAGCUGAGUGCCAGCAGCUGAUCAAAUGGUGCCUGGCCCUACGGCCCUCAGACCGACCGACCCUGGAGCAGAUUUGUGACCACCCCUGGAUGAGGGCAACGGCCGAGUCAGCCAAGACACCAGAGGAGCCGGUCGCUGGUGACAUCCGCCUCAGGACCAUUGACACAGACUCUUCAUCAAGCACAAGUUCGAGUAAAGAGAGCCUCUGAGGACGGCUCUGAUGGACUGAAAAGACUUCCUGGGGAAAGAAGGGGUGUGGAUGGAGUGACUGAUAUGGCCAGCAGUCUGUAGCCCAGCUUGCCCCUCUGUGGCUGGGCAUGUGACUCAUCUGGUCUGGCAAGAAAAAUGUACUAUAAUUUUCCUUUUUUGUAGGGAAUUUCUAAUUUAUUACUGUUCUUCCUUACUUUAUUGCCCCAUUCCUUUUUUAUUUGUUGAAUUUACCUGUUUCCUAAUAGGGAACACUUUGCUGUUUGGGCGGUCUUACCAGCACUAUUUAUUUUACCCCAUUUUUAAUUUUGUUUUACCUAUUUUGAUACUAGGCUGGUAUAUGCAGGCAAGGCCCUCCGAUUCAGUCACAGCUGCUCUCAUAGAGCUAGGAGAAAAACCUUUUUAUUUAAAUGUUUAAAUUUUGAUUAUGGAGUGCCUUUGUUUGGAAAGCUGCUUUUCUGGUGGCUUUUGUCAACAGCCCUGUUUUUGGAAAUGCCCACAGCAAGGCUAAGUUGCCUGUGCUGUGAUAGAAGGAGGGGUUUAGACUUUGUUUUUUUAUUUUUUAUUCCCCUCCUCUCCAUCACUGUGAGCCAACUAGCCCUCAGUCAAGAGGCUACAAUAGCAUUAGGCAGGAGAAGGUGGUGGGGGCUCUUCCUGACAAUGGAAUACUUGAAACACACGACUCAAUUCUGUGUUGCUCUCUUUUAACGCUGCUCACUCAUUCACUCUAAUGCCUGAACAGGUGUUUGGAAACGGAAUCUGUUUUCCAAAUGUCUACAAAAUGUCAAUUUCCCCCCCCCACCACACACACACACACACACACACACACACACACACAUAUAUAUGCUUUUUGUGGGGUGUGUGGCCCUCUUGACUUACCUUUUCGUUUUAUCUCCCACCAUCUCACUGCUUGACACUACACAGCCCCCACCCCUGAGCUCCCUCAGGGUUUGGGGUGUGAAAUGCACAAUCAAUGCAAUAUUCAUGGACUCAAUUAUGAUUUGUUUUCUAACAAAUAUUGUACAGCAUUUUUUUUCUCUAUUUGUGUGUGUACAUUUUUUUCUGCCCAUUUGCAUUAAUUUAUUUAACAUGUAGACAUUCCACACUGUGGCUAUUUAUUUAUUUA